UUAGCUAUUUUUGUUUAAAGUAGUUGGUUGGUUUUGGAUUUUGGUUUCUAAUCAAAGCACAUAUUCUGGAAUGGUUCUCUUUCCAAAGCAAGUUAUCGAAUGAAACUCCGAGAGAGAAAAUGCUUGAAAUAGGAAAGUAUAAGUGUUCUUCCUUGUGCCGUUGAACUCUCAGUGCAUGCAUAAAUUUGUUUGUUUCUCAUGAGCUCAAUUUGAUGUAAAGGUGUGUUUGUGUUUUCAUAAAGGAACUUCAACAGAUCGAAACCAUCAACCCCGACAGCAAGCCCCGUCUAUACCUUCUUAUGCACCUUCAUCCCUAGCAGGAACUUCAAUGGAUCAAAACCAUCACUUCAGACAGCAGGCCCCAUCUAUACCUGACAAUUUCAGCUCAUUGGAUCAGGUUAUUUCAGCACUGAGAGAGGCUGGACUUGAAUCAUCCAACUUAAUACUUGGUAUUGACUUCACAAAGAGCAAUGAGUGGACAGGGAGAAGUUCAUUCAACAGAAGAAGCCUUCAUGCUAUUGGUGGCUCACCUAAUCCAUACGAGCAAGCAAUCUCUAUAAUUGGUCGUACUUUAUCCCCUUUUGAUGAAGAUAAUUUAAUACCUUGUUUUGGUUUUGGUGAUGCAUCAACACAUGAUAAAUACGUAUUCAGCUUUUAUCCUGAUCACCGACCUUGUCAUGGUUUUGAGGAAGCUCUUGCACAGUAUAGAGAGAUUGUUCCGCACAUAAAGUUGGCAGGUCCAACUUCGUUUGCUCCGAUUAUUAAUGCUGCAAUCGACAUUGUGGAUAGCAGUAAUGGACAGUACCAUGUUCUUGUCAUAAUAGCAGAUGGACAGGUUAUGAGGAAUCCCGACGUAGCUCGUGGAAAGCUUAGUCCACAAGAACAAGCAACUGUUGAUUCCAUUGUUGCUGCUAGUCAUUAUCCUCUCUCAAUUAUUUUGGUUGGAGUGGGGGAUGGACCAUGGGAUUCAAUGAAACAAUUUGAUGAUAAUAUUCCUCAUCGUGCCUUCGACAACUUCCAGUUUGUCAACUUCACGAAAAUCAUGUCUGAGAACACGCAAACAUCGAAGAAAGAAGCAGCCUUUGCUCUUGCUGCCCUCAUGGAAAUUCCAUAUCAGUACAGAGCUACCCUGAAUAUUCGUUUUGAUAAUCGAGAACUAGAAUACAGACACGAAAGACCACUUCUGCCUCCACGAGACGUGAUCGAUCAUGAUAAUGCCGUUAGAUCACUCCUGCACAUGACAAACUAUGAAACAGUGCAGCCAACAGCCCCUGCACAACCCGAAAUAAGUUCUGCAGCAGAACCGGUCUGCCCUAUCUGCCUGACGAACCCAAAGGACAUGGCUUUCGGAUGCGGUCACACGACUUGCAAGGAUUGUGGGGUGACAAUUUCAUCAUGUCCAAUGUGCCGGCAACCAGUAACGACACGUCUGAAACUGUAUACCUAAUUGAGAGAGCAGUUUUCGGGUUUUGGAUUUCGUGUCGAGUCGAGUCAAGUCAAAUGCUAUGGAAGCAUAUUCAAGAAAGGACCUCCUACAAAAUCUCCUUCACUAUACAAAGUGUUAUAAACCCAUGUUUUAUUUCUAUUACCGAGUCUCAAAUCCGAAGGUGGCCAUGCGACUGAGGAUUAAUCAACAGAGUUCUUUGCAUUUGUCUGAUAUUAAGUGUUUGUAUUUGCAAUGUUUACUGCAAUUUGAAAGAAGAUGAAACAAUGGAUAGUUUUAUA